UUGCAUAUAUUAUUUCGUCUAAACACUUCCAGAUAUACAUUUUAACUCUUUUUUUUGCGCACUAUAUUGUAUUUUAUAUAGUCUGGGUUUUGAGCUUGGGUAUGAGCGUAUUAUUGCGCAGCCUUGACUGUCACGUGCAUCGUCUUGUGACAACAGGAAGAGAGAAGUGACAGCAGUGUUGUGAUGCUACUCUGACUAAUUCAGUCUCUUAAUUGUCUAUCUGUUUAGUACAAAGGCUGACAUGGCCUCUAUUAUUAAAGAAACUCAAAGCAUAAAAGAGGCGGUGACUUUCAUCAACGCUAUUGACGUGAACAAGUUCUCCAGACUGAUCUCCCGCAUCAUCCAGAAGCUCCAUCUGAAGGGAGAACGUACAUUCAGUGAAGAGGAGGAGCAAAAACUGCAGGCUGCCCUGUCAUUGGACAAACAGGCUCUCAAUCUCGUCCUGGAAACUGCUGCGUUCAUUUUAGAGCAGGCAGUGUAUCAUAAUGUGAAGCCAGCGUCUCUCCAACAGCAGCUAGAGGCGGUCCAUUUGAACCCAGACAAGGCUGAAGUGUUUACUCAAACCUGGGCCACUGCUGGCCCUGAGCUGGUGGAGAGGCUCAAGCAGAGCAUCUUUGCUCUGAAGAAGCUGGAGUAUGUCGGCUGGCAGUUGAACCUGCAGAUGGCCCAGUCCAGCCAAGCCAAACUGAAGGCUCCCAGUGCCGUCCUGCAACUGGGGCUCCGCAAGGAAGACUCUGAGGUGCAGGAAAAUGUUUUUGUUGAGUUCAGCCACCAGGAGCUGCUUGAGUUCUACAACAAGAGAUCGUGCAAGGCCAGUUGGAUUCCUUGACUUGAUGCCUUGUGCUCAUCGUACAGACACACAGACCAUGUUGUAGCUGUUUUUGCUGACAGAUAUGACAGCUGUUAAUGGAGGCCUGCCGAUGCCACUGUUGUUCUUAUUUACAAGAGAGAAAUAUCAGAAUUUGAUGGCAGCAGCUUCUCGCCUGUUUGAGCUCCUUUAAAUACACUUUUUGUGUUUUUUGGAGGAGCAUCUCGCUAUGAAUUUGGUUGAAUUUCUGUAUCUUCAUUUAAUCAAGGAAAGAGCCGGGACAUUUUGAAUACAGUGAUUUACAUUUGUACUGCAUAUCAAUCUAAAUAAUCGUACUUUUAACUAAGGGUUUUCUAAUGAACAUUUUUCUGUAUAAUACUUGUAACUCAAAAUUUAGUUGCCCUAUAAAAUGGUUAUAGACUAUGAGAUAUCAUGAAUGUACCAUUCAUUAAUGUAAUGAUACACUAUUUCAGUGACUGUCAGGUUUGACACUUGAUGUAUAAUGUAUGUACACACGCGGAAAACAUCAGUGAAAAAAAAAAACAACUAACUGUAAUGUGUAAAAAUGAAAUUACAUCCAUUUUCUAUCUUUGCAAAUGAAAUAAUGUCCAUGUAGUUUCAAUAAAAUCUCAAGUGGAGGUGAAAUUCA